GACUAAAGCCCAAUAAUGAAAACCCAAAACUAUUUUACAUUGCCUAACUACACUGUCCCAAGAGAAAAAAUAAAUAAAAGAAAAGGAGAAAGAAAAGAAGAAGAAGAAUAAGAAUAGCAGAGCUGCCUUGUUCGACACGAAGAAGAAGAAUCUUUCACCUCUUUCUCAUUUUCUUCAUAGUUGAGGUUAAGUAUACUUGGAAGUUCUGAAUUUUUCUGUCCGAAAAAUGUUCCUCACGAGGACUGAGUAUGAUAGAGGAGUGAACACCUUCUCUCCAGAAGGGCGAUUGUUUCAAGUCGAGUAUGCAAUUGAAGCUAUCAAGUUGGGAUCCACUGCAAUAGGGAUUAAGACUAAGGAGGGGGUGGUUCUUGCUGUUGAGAAGCGUAUUACAUCGCCCCUUUUGGAGCCAAGCAGUGUUGAGAAAAUUAUGGAAAUUGAUGAGCAUAUUGGUUGUGCCAUGAGUGGCUUAAUAGCUGAUGCACGCACGCUUGUUGAACAUGCCCGAGUUGAAACUCAGAAUCAUAGGUUCUCAUAUGGUGAGCCCAUGACAGUUGAGUCCACUACACAAGCUCUCUGUGAUCUUGCCUUGCGAUUUGGUGAGGGAGAUGAAGAAUCAAUGUCCAGACCAUUUGGUGUGUCGCUUCUCAUUGCUGGUCAUGAUGAGAAUGGUCCCAGCUUAUACCAUACUGACCCAUCUGGAACAUUCUGGCAAUGUAAUGCGAAAGCCAUUGGGUCAGGUUCUGAAGGUGCUGACAGCUCUUUGCAAGAGCAGUUUAACAAGGAUCUAACUCUCAAAGAAGCUGAAACAAUUGCACUUUCCAUCUUGAAGCAAGUUAUGGAGGAAAAGGUUACUCCCAACAAUGUAGAUAUUGCAAAGGUAUCACCAAAGUACCAUCUUUACUCUCCUUCUGAAGUGGAAGCCGUUAUCAACCGACUCUGAGAAGCCAAAUUUGCAUCCAUUGGUUUCUAGUGGUUUGACUAAGAAUUGACAUUUUCGAUGUUGUGAGGUUCGAAUGAUUUUUGUGCUAUUUUAAAUGAUUAGUUGAUUAAUAUCAAAUUACCCAGGAAAAACUGCAGAUCUUGGUCUGUUCACUUUAUUAUCCAUCGCAUGACUGAAUCUGGUUAAUGACUUGACUGUUUCUGGCCUUUAAGAGCAGAUGUUAUGAGGACCAUGAAUUUAUAUUUUAAAUUUAAUUUUGUUGGUUCAUACUUUAUUGUUCACUUCUAAUUUUUAAACAGUGAGG